AUGGCCUUGCGGGGAACAGUUGUCCCCGGAGCUGGGCUGGGCUGGGCUGGGGCUCGGGGCCGGGCUGGGGCUCGGGGCCGGGCUGGGGCUCGGGGCCGGGCUGGGGCUCGGGGCCGGGCUGGGGCUCGGGGCCGGGAUGCGGAGGACCGCGGCGUCCCGCCCGGCCUGGGAGGCUGGCGAGGAGGAGUGACGCCCAUCCCCACCUGGCAUCGGGGCGGCGGCGGCGGCGGCGGCUCAGAUGAUGAAAAGGAGCUGGAGGCUGUAGAAAGCCAAGGAAGUCCCACCUGUUCUCUUUAUGGGUCCUCUCAGCAAGACCUCCGGCGUGUCAUGGCUGAAGAUGGACUGUGCAGAGCCAGCAGGGAUCUCCUAGAACUGCAGAGCCCCGAGGGCCCCAGUAAGCACUGCCCGCAGCGGGUGCACAAGCGCCGCUUCAGCUCUGACUACAUCAGCCCUGCGGAUCUGGGAGGGAUUCAGGCCCCACUGGAAGGGCCACAUUAUGGUCGGGAGGGGGACAGGCUCUCAGGCCCACCUGAGGUCGGUCUGUACCCCCCGGGGGCUCCUCCGGGACAUGGCCCAGGCUCCUUGGGAUCGGCAGACAGCACGUCUGAGAGUGUGGGCCAGUCUGGGGACGGCUCCGAGUCCCCCACCCAUUCCUCCCUUGGGCGUCACCUAAGACCCAGUUCUCCGGAGUCUGCCAACAGCACCCCUGAGAGCACCGGUCAGUCUGGGGACAGCUCGGAGUAUCCCUCAGAGUCAGAGGCUGCUUCAUCUGUGGGCGAGACCCCUCUGAGAAGGCCCCCGGCGGAAUCCUCCCCGAGCAGCUUUCUAGGCCUUUUGCCCCCAGAGGGACUGCCGCACACCCCAAGGGCUAAUGGCAGAGCGAGCUCUGGUGAUUGUUAUGAGGAGUUGCCUGGUAACUUCCUGAGAGCUGUCACCCAGACAGGGUCUGCAGCCUCUCAGGACCUGUCAGACCCUGACGCCCACAUGCCCCAGAGUCCUUCCCGCACUUCGGAGGGGGAAGAGUCCAACUCUUCUUUUCCAUGGGGGGGACCCCCGCCCUCAGACCAGAUCCCCAAGCCCAAGAAGGCGUCCGCCGCCCUGCUUCGUUCCCAGUCCAGCGGUUCCUUCUGCCCCUUCAGUCCCCCAAAGAGUAGCGCCCCAAAGAGGCCGAGCCAAGCCAGAACUCCCCGGCAAGGGAAAAGCGUGCCUGCCCACUCCUCCUCGUCCGAAGUCUCCAGGUAUGGCAGGGGCCAGCUGAACUACCCACUGCCUGACUUCUCCAAAGUGGAGCCCAAAGUGCGGUUCCCUAAAGACGAAGAGAGCUACCGUCCCCCCAAGGGCAGGAGCCCCUCCAGGCUGCUGCAGGGCUCCACGAGGCCCCUGGUCUUCAAGUCCCCCGCUGAGAUCGUGCGUGAGGUGCUGCUCAGCAGCGGGGACAGCUCCUCUCAGAAAACCUCUCUCCAUUCCUACCCACUGGCCAAAGUGCCCAAGGAAUUCAAGACCCCUCAGCAGGCAACCGAGCUGGUACAGCAGCUGCAGGAGGAUUACCACAAAUUGCUCACCAAAUAUGCAGAGGCUGAGAACACCAUUGACCAGCUGCGGCUUGGAGCUAAGGUAAACUUGUAUUCAGACCCGCCAAAGCCUAGUCAUAGUGUUCACAUGGGGACCCUACCCCAUGGGACCAAGGUCAUGUCCUUCACCAUUCCCCAGGCUAGGAUGGCCGAAUGGCAAUCAAUAACCAACACUGGAUCACAGGCCUUGCUGGACCCAGAACUGUCAGCAACUCAAGGUGACCUAAUUCCAUCCCCAGCUGCCGCAAACCCUGGCCCACUGACAGAUGGCACUAAUACCUCUAUGCUAGAGCCAUCCGUGGGAGAUCGUCUGACUCAAACACUGGCCACUGAGGUGGUCAAGUUCCUAGCACAGGUGGAAUCUUUUGAAGGACUGGUCCAAGAAGGAACGUUAGUGCCUCAGGAGCAGCUCAAGGGGCUAUGGAGGCUGAAGGAAGAACAGGAUGCUCUGGAGAAAGCCUUUCUCUGGGCACGAGGAGAGCACAGACGCAUGCAGCAGCUCCAGACAGCUGAGGUGUCGCCUGGCGAAUUUGAUCCUAACAGGGAAGUGGAAGGAGAGAUAUUUCGUUUGGGAAUGCGCCUCGAAGAGCUCAUGGAUGAGAUAGAUGACUUAAGACCUGAAGAACUCUCUCUAAGAGCCCCUUCAGGAGAAAAGUACCAUGACAGCUCAACAGCUUCACCUGUAUCAGACGCACCUACUCCAUCUCCUGCUCCAUCAGCUCAAGCCCCCAUGCCAACUGUCCGCACCCCCUACCCUGAGACGCCAGCUAUCCAGAAUGGCCACACUUUUCUGUGUGGAGUACAUUCAGAAGUGAGCCCUGCCAGUAGUGAGUUAGAUGAUGAGAGCCCAGGACUCCCACAGCCACUUCAGUACAAGCAGCUCCAAAUGGAGCAGGAUUUCCAGAGUCUUAUAACGCAAUACCACAAUAUCAAGUCCCUUCCUGAUGCCAUCAAGUUGGAAGGAGAUCAGGAAGAGAAGGAUUUCACCCAGGAAGUUGAUGGGUCAAUUGCUAGAAAUCCCAGUGCUUUUGAACCCAGCUCCAGGAGGACAGAAAAAGAGCAAGGGAAGCAUCCGAACCUUCUUGAGGAGUCUGUGGAGCAGAGGCAAUCAACCCCGCCCCUAGAGCAGCGGCCAUCAGCGAGGAACGACCGGCACUUGGGUGGGCUUCUUCAAGGUCCCAUUGCUCACCACCCCCCCACCCCCAAGCUCACCCCACCAGCCUCAGAGCAAAAGCAGCUGUCUUCUCACCCGAGCAGCAUCACCAGCUUGGCUGGCAGUGCCGUUUCGGGCUCUCUGCCACUUCAGAAGGCUUUCCAUUCAGCCAGUGCCCCUCAGCUGGAACAUCGGAUAGUAUCCCCAGAAACUGACAGCGGCUUUGUGGGAUCUGAAACCAGCAGGGUGUCUCCAUUAACUCAGACUCCAGAGCACCGACUUUCCCAUACCAGUAUGUCUUUUGGUACCAGUGACUCGAGGAGAUUACCCCAGUCAUCUACAGCAUGUCUACCCCCAGCUCCAUCCAGCCCCCGUCCAGGAAGGGACCAGCUGGUCUCCAGAGUGUCCUCUGGGCUUAGCACAUCAGAGACCCAGGCCCAGAGGGCCGGCCCAACACCCACCAGUCCCCCAAAGAAGUGGACAAGGAGCUUCCACCGCAAUCCGGGUCCAGGUACAAAGAUGGAUGACUUGGAUGGUGAGGACCAUGAUGGGGCCCAUAGCCAGUAUUCCCGUGGCAGAGAACACGGCCAGUCUCCUGCUCUCACCCCUUCUGAUGAAGCCCAUCAGGAGAAAGCACAAGACCCACUACGCAACCUCAUCUCCCGGGAAGUCAGAGACCAAGCCAUCCGGGCCCUACAGCAAGAAGUGACCCGACUCCGAGAGAGGAUAGAAGCCAGCUUGAACAACCCACCCCGGAGCAACUCAAGCCAUAACUUCCAACAAGCGACUAGGGCUCGGAGCCGGCUUGCAAAGGACCCCUUGGCUUCAGGGAGCUCUUCCCACCUCAGUAAAUCUGCAGAAAGAUAUCAAGGUGAUCGUGGUGAUGCAGCUCAAAACAAUAGCACAGUAAGGUUGCGAUUGAGAUCCUCCUCAGUGCCCCGAGAAGGGACUCAACCAAGCCAAACUUCUGAGUCAGAACAAUCUAUAUCCAGGAUCCAGGCCAAGGGGAGCAGAGCUGAAGAACAGAGCCCCAGAGAUAGAAUAAAAGGAGAAACCAGAGGGAAGCAAACACAAACAGUCUACUUCCGGGGCCACUACACAGGUCGUGAAUAUUCCGCCAAACCCUCCCAGAACUUCCAAGAAGAUGACAAAUCUCAACCCUGCCCUUGCUGUCAUGCAGUGAAGAAGAAAGUUCUUGAUGACUCUCCCAGCAAGGAUCCAGAGGAACAUUUUCCCCAUGAUAACGUCAAGAAGACCCAGAAUCCAAUAUGUCACAGACCCAGGAGUCCUACAGAGAGGGGCAGGGAGUCCUCAGGGACAGACAAAGGCACACGGAAAGGAGCACCCCUCAGUUCUGGCCCAGUUCGGAAAUCUGAGCAACGGGAGCAGCCGUCGUCUCCGCCAUCACUUCCUGGGGUGUGGUAUCUGGCAUCCCCCGUGGGGACAACCUUCGCUUACGUCCCACCAGUUCCUGUUGUGCCUUAUUCACCCUCAACAUUGUGGUUUUCUCCAGGAGCACCUACCUCCGCCUCCUCCCCCACACAUCAUACCAGUGGUAAAAAACCUGCUGAGGUGAGAGCCUGGUCUCAGAGCCGCCGAACUCCAGCCCCGAGCCACCGCUGCUUGUCCGAGCUGGACCUCGUAGAUCUGGAUGACCUCAGCCGGUCCUUGAGUCGUGCUGUGGAAGCAGCCAGAAGCGUGGAACUCACCACCAAACAAAUGAGCCGGUCUUUGUCUGCUGACCUGCACAGAGCUCGAGGUCUACGGGGAUCCUGCCUCUUUUGACAGGAAUUGACUUAACAUGAGGGAUAAAAGGGCAGGGAGUUUGAUUUCUCUUUCAUUGAGCAUGGUAGACUUUUUGCAAGAGCAAACGAUCUGGAAAUGCUGGGGGAAACCCUUCAUGUGGAUGCUAAAUUGGCAGCAGAUAAUAAGCUUAUUUUUUUAAACUUUUUUUAAACAAGAGAACAAUGUAUUUUUUCAGCUAUGGACAGAGCAGUCUGGGGCUUUCAGUCCAAAGUCCUCUACCAGCAGUAUGAUACUGAGAAUGAACAAAGCUCUGUACACAAAGAACUCUGGGAAUAGCAAUAGCCUUUCCUUCCACACCUGUACUUUCCUAUCUCCAGCUAAUGAGUUUUUUUUUUUUUUUUCAAGGCCAGGCUGCUUUGUCUCAGGUCCCCAGGAAUAGAAUGAGUCCUUCAAGAGUCAAGGAGAGAAGGGCUUGCAGUAUGUGUAUAUAUGGAAAAGGGAAGUGGUGGGAGGAUAAAGCCAUUGCUAACUCCUAGGGAGACAAAAGCUGUGAAAAAAAGGGGGGGCUCUUUACUGGCAGCUUCUGCACUAUUUUUAGAGUCUGAACAGAGGCCCCUGGGCUUUCAAUUUCUCUUUUGCUGGAAAUAAGGGCUUCCACAUCAAUAUGUUUGAAGCCAGUGAUUUUGAAUUUUUUUUUUCCUGCAAGAAUUCCUCCUGGUACUUCCUCCUAUAACUUCCUCCUUUCUGUGGAUUUAUUUGGCAUUUUAUUGAUUGGAGCUGAGACAGUUCCUAAUGCAUCUGUCUCUUGGGUACGGACUAUUGCACUGAGGGAUGCCAAAAUCCCCUGCAUUGAUGCUUACCUCAGCAUUCCUAGAAUGCACCGCAUAGAUGGCGUUUGUAUAUUUGGGGCAUUUUAAACCUUAUUUUAAUUCCAAAGGUUAAUGAAGAAAAAUGAACGCUGAUCCUUUUUUUUUUUUUU